CCCGCACGCGGAGGUGAGUCGCUCUCCUCGCGGACUUCUCUCUUCUCUCUCGCUCGCAUCAUGGAAACAGAAUGAGAGCUUCGCUCCGUCCGUCACGGACUUUUCCGCUUCGCCUCUCCCGCAGCGUCGCUUCAACGCCACUCUGCUUUUCGCCAAAUAACUUCUUUUUCCUGUUGUUUUAUUAUUGUUGUGAUCAUUUUGCGAUUUCCAGAGCCGCUGUCAGAAUCCCAGCCCAAAGCUCGGACUUAAACUAAACUGCGGUGCGGUUUGUUGGAUGGAGAUUUCAGGCUCGAUGGUGAAUGAGCUGAAGUCAAGCUGGUUGUGAAGGCGCUGGACUUGUUCUCCCCUACGCCCCAAGCCGGAUUCAGCAUGGCGGCGGGAGUGGCGGCAUGGCUACCCUUUGCUCGGGCAGCGGCAAUUGGCUGGAUGCCCGUAGCCAAUUUGCCCAUGCCAGUGGCACCCACUGAAAAGAACAAGAGGCAGGAUGAACUCAUCAUUCUCAAUGUCAGUGGACGGCGUUUCCAGACCUGGAGGAACACGUUGGACCGCUACCCCGACACCCUGCUGGGCAGCUCCGAGAAGGAGUUCUUCUACAACGAGGAGACCAAAGAGUACUUCUUCGACCGGGACCCUGACGUGUUUCGUAGUGUGCUCAACUUCUAUCGCACGGGCAAGCUCCACUAUCCGCGCUACGAGUGCAUCUCCUCUUACGACGAGGAGUUGGCCUUCUUUGGCAUCGUUCCAGAGAUCAUUGGCGACUGCUGCUAUGAAGAGUACAAGGACAGGAAGAGGGAGAACGCGGAGCGCCUGAUGGAUGACCAGGAGGAUAACAAAGACGCUAAGCUACCCAAUAUGACCUUUAGGGAGACCAUGUGGCGGGCUUUCGAGAACCCACACACUUCAACUAUGGCCCUUGUCUUCUACUACGUCACCGGCUUCUUCAUUGCCGUUUCUGUCAUCACCAAUGUGGUCGAGACAGUGCCCUGCGGCUCAGCGCCCAACCAGAAAGAAGUGCCAUGUGGUGAGCGCUACACUGUGGCCUUUUUCUGCAUGGACACAGCCUGUGUCAUGAUCUUUACCGUGGAGUAUUUGAUGCGUUUGUUCGCCGCGCCCAGCCGCUACCGCUUCAUGAGGUCCGUCAUGAGCAUAAUUGAUGUGGUGGCCAUUUUGCCGUACUACAUCGGCCUGGUGAUGACUGACAACGAGGAUGUGAGUGGCGCCUUUGUGACACUCCGGGUUUUCCGCGUGUUCCGUAUCUUUAAGUUCUCCCGUCACUCGCAGGGCCUGCGCAUCCUGGGCUACACGCUGAAGAGCUGUGCCUCGGAGCUGGGCUUCCUGCUCUUCUCCCUCACUAUGGCCAUAAUUAUCUUUGCCACCGUCAUGUUCUACGCAGAGAAGGGUUCAAGCUCCAGCAAAUUCACCAGCAUCCCAGCCUCCUUCUGGUACACCAUCGUUACUAUGACAACACUCGGGUACGGAGACAUGGUCCCCAAGACGAUCGCGGGGAAGAUCUUCGGUUCAAUCUGCUCUCUGAGCGGGGUGCUUGUAAUUGCCCUGCCUGUUCCUGUCAUCGUGUCCAACUUUAGCCGCAUCUAUCACCAGAAUCAGAGAGCAGACAAGCGGCGGGCGCAGAAGAUGCAGAAAGCCCGCUUGGCCAGGAUACGAAUAUCCAAGACGGGAAGCUCCAGUGCCUUCCUCCACAGCAAGCGCAACGGCCUGUUCAACGAAGCUUUAGAGCUCACGCAACUUCCAUACAAGAUGAACCUUUCAGAUCAGAGUUCCACCGAGGAUGAACAACGUUUAAGUAAGUCUACCUCUCUAUUAGAGAGCCAGCACCACCACCUGCUGCAUUGUCUGGAAAAAACCACCAACCACGAGUUUGUGGAUGAGCAGUAUUACCAGCAGAGCUACCUGGAGGCAGGCCUGCAGAAUUAUCCGUCCCGGAGCCCGUCCCUCUCCAGCCAGGACGGCGUGACGGGGACGUGCUGCACCCGCCGGAGCAAGAAGCACCACAGCCCUCUGCCCAACGCCAGUGCCCCAGCACACAUGCAGCCUUUGACGCACACGCACACACACCAACAAGGCUUGCAGGAGCUCAGCACCAUCCAUAUCCAGCCGCUCAGCACCAGCCGCUCCAGUCUGAACAUGCGUGUAGACGAGCCAGCACCUCUGAACUGCCAGAGCAGCCAGAUCACCACGGCGAUCAUCAGCAUCCCCACGCCCCCGGUGACGACCCCGGAGGGCGACGCCCACCUGCCCGCCGGCCCCACCCUCCAAAAUGUCGUGAAAGUGUCGGCACUGUGAAGACUUGAGAGUGCGGAAAGACAGAUAAAAGACUCCUGGAGACAGACUGAGGGACUGAGGCUGGCUGAGAGAGGAGAGGAGGGUCUAGCCUUGGUGGAGCCCGCCCUCUGUUGGUCAUGUACUGUAACGACAUGGACUCCCCCCUGUCCAGAGUGACGAUGGCUUUUAGAUAACAAUAUUCAUGUUAGUGGUUGGCAUACGUGUGUGCGAGUGUGUGUGAGUGGGAA